UCACUUUUUUGACAUUCAUUACCAAAAUGGUGCUUAAAAUGAUCUGCUUAAUAUCCAAAGAUCAAUUGCCAAUGUGAACACUCUUAAAAAUAAAAAUAAAUUAAUUAAUUAAACAUAGGGUAUCUAGUUCUUCAUACUUUAUAUAGUGCUAUAGAAUAAAACUUAAAAAUAGCAGAAAAAGUUUGUUGAACAAAAUUUAAAACAGCUCACUAGUAAAAUCCCAUUUUAGUAGCUCCUCGGUGGGUUGGAUUUUGUAAAAUUCUAUUAUACCUCACCGUGUUGGCGUCAUAAAUCUUUGUUGCUCUGCCUCGUUGCCUUACAAACGAAACCAAAAACAAUGAACACUAGAGAAAUUUCAUGUGGUAGCUGCCACAACAAGAUUUUGGAAACACCGGACUCCAAAAACACUGUAUGCCAAUCUUGUGAAUCUCUGAUUUCAACCGAAGCAUGUGAAACCGUCCCCAAGGGGCAUUUAUCCUUUUGUUGGAAAACAAGAUUGCAAGAAAACAAAAGCCUGCAUGCUGCAUUGCCAAAGCCUGAUCAAAAGCUAAAUCCUAUGACUAAUAACAUCGGUGUACAUCUACCAAAGCGGGCAGUUCUUUGCGGAGUCAGUUACCAAAAGAAGAAGCACAAGCUCAAGGGAACAACAAAUGAUGUGAAAAGAAUGAAAUCUCUUCUGACCGAUCAUUUUGGUUUUCUCGAAACUUCUAUUUGUGUUCUAACAGAAGAGGAGGAUGACCCAAACCUUAUUCCAACAAAGGAGAACAUGCAGAAGGCCUUGAGAUGGCUUGUGGCCGACUGCAAGUCAGGGGACUCCUUGGUGUUCUACUUCUCUGGACAUGGUUUACGACAACCUGAUUUUGAUAUGGAUGAGAACGAUGACUACGAUGAAACUAUCUGUCCUUCUGAUUUCAUGACUGCUGGAAUGAUCCUUGAUAAUGAUAUCAAUAAUACCAUUGUCAAGCCUCUCAAGGAAGGUGUCAAGCUUCAUGCCAUUAUCGAUGCCUGUCACAGCGGAACCAUCCUUGAUCUAGAGCAUGUUUACGACAGAAAACAUCAUAGGUUUAGGGCAAGGAAGCACGGGUGCGGGUACGAGUACGGUACGGGUACGAGUGCGGGUACGCCGAUUCGGCAAAACUCAAAAAAAGUACGAUACGGGAAAUGGUGGGUAGAUAACAAACCUACUUCAGGUGUAAGGAAAAGUACAGAUGGUGGACUAGCUAUCUCUUUGAGUGCCUGUGGUGAUGAUCAAAUUGCUGCCGAUACAACUGCUUUCUCAAGAAACGAAAUGACUGGCGCCAUGACUUACAUUUUCGAUCAAAUAAUUAGGCAAAACCCUACAAUAACAUACAGUAAUCUACUCGAAAAGAUGCAUGAGCAGAUUAAGCAUGCUAAUAGUAAUAGUACAGGAUGCCUCCUAAGGAUAUUCUGCCACAAGUUAAUACAGGUCAAGCUUCUUUUCCAAUUUCUACAUGAUCAUGCUUGAACACAAACUAUAAAUUCAUAAUCUAAUACGAGGACACAAUUUAUCAAUUUUUUGUUUUGAAUAAAGAAGAUACUAUAUGUAUUGAUAUCAUAGUAGAUUAUAUUCAAGUAUUUGUUGGAACAAAUUGUCUUGAACUCUUCAAUUAGUGGUCUUUGGGUCUUCAAAACUUGGCGAUGAUCUUGUCUAUGUAGAACAGAAAUAUGGUGCUUCAAGUCGCGUUACUAAGUUGCUUUCCUAAAGACGAUAUUUGCACCCACCAAAAAGUAUGUAGAGUGUUACAGCAAAUUUGCCUCCCGGAUACAAUUAAGCCUGAUCUAAAGAUCAAAUCUACCGGCGUCUGCACUGACGAUAGUAGAUCAAAAUAAUCUUGAUAUAAUCAAGAAAACCAAGACACUGAUAAUCAAAUUUGUAGAACCUGAUUACCAGCAAGAAAAGUAUAAAUUUGCUUAAGAAACUCUUGAUUGAAAACUCUAAAUCAAGAGGGAGAGAGAGAGAGAAUUGCACGAAUGAAUUCUAAAUUUUUGAAUGGAAUGAAACGGCUGAUUUCGUAGCCUAUUUAUAGGCCUUGAUGCACAUGAUCGAAUGAUCAUGUCCCUUGAUCGCGUUUGAUCAGAUCUGAUCGUUGGAUCGACGAUCUACGAUGCAGAUCACUCUCACAUCGAAUAGAUGCCUUGACUAAUCACACCUGAUCACGAUCGGCUGUCCAAUGCAAAUAGGAAAGUGCCCUCAUGGUGCUUUGCGCCGAUGCAUCCGUACUAAGUUCAAAGUGCGGCAUUAAACGUCACACAGCCCACUGCCCAUGCCACGCGCGCACGUGUGUGCAUGUGCGGGUACGGAUGGUGCGAAGCACCAUCCUUGCAGUGUGUGUGCAUGCAUACUAGCUUUUACCUCACAAUUCCAUAUUCAAAAGAAUAUUCCAUGUAGCACUUUAUUAAGUGCUCUAUGUUUUCCUCUCUUUCCGAUG